AAAGCUGAGGUCAGGUGGAGCCCUCUCUCCUGAUGGGAGAAAGGAACUGCUCAAUGAUGGCAGUGCGUUCAUUCAUACACUUGGCGGAGGGAUGUCACGUGACGCCCCUCUGCCUAGCAACCUGUUUGCUCGGAUUGCCUCCGGCCUCUGGGCUCUCCUCGUUCUCACAGCUGGAACAGUCUCUUCACGUGGCUCAGCUUAGGCGCACUGCAGCUCUGAGUGAUCUCCAGCUUCAGCCAUUCCCCACAGCCUCAUGGUACAGACAGUAACAAUACAGUCAUCAAAUAACUCUGAGCAUUCUGGGACGCCGUCCAGCAGCCUCCCCGCAGUCCAGCUUCCCGCGUCACCCGCUUCUCUCUCCCGUCCAGGAGACGCCGCCCCUCCCGCUGACCCCGCGAUGCCCGCCCCGACCUGCGCCUCCUGCCGCUCGGCCCG